CUGUGGGUUUUGUGACCCUGUGAGGAAUUUGGAUUUUGUUUUUCUUUUCAUUUCCAUUAUAAAUUCGAUGUUAUUGCGGUUUUCGUUUUGUUUAUGUGUCUCGUUUAAUUUCAGCUAUACUACCAUACCGAUUUUUCUAAAGUAUGGUCCUAGUUUUUAACAUAUAAAAGGUUAAUUUGGUGCCGGUUUCAUCAUGAACACCUUACUUUAUGAGAAACAAAAUAUAGAUGCAUUUCUUAAAGAAUGGGACGAUACAGCUAUGCCCUUACCGAGUUUAGAGGCGGAACCUCAUCUUCUUAUAUCGAAGGUGCGAAAACAUUAUCUAGAAUAUCUGAUCCAACUACUUUCAAGUAACUAUGAGACAAACCAAAAAUUGCUUGGAAAAAAUAUUUACUUACCCAGUGCCAUAUGGAGGUGUGCUAAAAUCUUGGAAAUAAAUGCAGUGAAGUCCUGUAUGGUUAUAGACUUGUACCGAAGAAGUAUCCUGUCUGUGAUUCACGAGUUAAAGUUGGACACUAAAAGAGGAAAACUGAACAGAAAACUACUUGAGUUACUCCAAAGCCCACCUGGAAAUGAGAAAAAAACUCAAACUAAUUUAGACCUACCAAAGAAUUGCAACUGUCCAUGUGCAUGUAACAUGACAAAAACAGAUAAAAAGAAAAGGAAGCUAUCACCAAAUACAAUAAAUAAUGAGCAGAAUUAUCCAAACCCAUAUAAGGGCAACAUGAGUGAUAUUGGUAUCCUAUGUAAGGAUGAACACACUGGAUUCAAAGAAUCUGAAUCUGAUAAAUUAUACAAGAUACCAGUCAUAACGAACUCAAGAAAUGAAACUCCAGAUGCCAUACCCAUUUCUCAAACAAACAUUGAACAAGUACAAACACCAAAAAUGGCAGAAUUAGACACUUCUGUGAAUCAAAGCAGUAAAGUAGCUACCAUGCCACGCAUGUCCACUGACUCCCAAGAAGCAGAAGACCAAAUAAUGUUACAAUUAGAACAAAUCUUUAGAGUUGAUUCAAAUGGACUUGAAGAUGAUUUAUUUGAGGGUACUCUAUGUGAUAUGUUAGAUACUACCACAAAUGGAGUCCAAGAUAGUACAAAGGCACUCUUAGAUGGUUUGGAUGAUUGUAGCAAGUCCCUUCAGCACAAUGAUUCAACUGUGGAAGAUCAAGCAGCUAAGAUCAAGUCACUUGAUGACAGACUUGCCAUGCUAGAGACCUCUGGAGUCUUACAAGCCACUACAGUAAAUGUGCCCGAAAAACCCAACUAUGAAAAUACAAUAAAACAGAAAAAGCCAGCACAGACUAAAUGGGUCUGUGAGCUUUAUUAUCAGAAGUUAUAUCUGUUUGAGAAAAUGGAUGAAAUUAGGGAUAGCAACCGAAAAAAAUACACAAGGAUUAAAGACAAGUUUUUGGAGUUGUUUGGGGAAGACAGUGAUGAUGAGGAAGAUGUGAUGUCUCCGCUGGACGAGACUCCAGAGUUUGUGCUCAGUUGCAAGGAGCGUAUUGCGCCAUGGAUUGUGAAGCUGUUGACUCCACAUUAUGUGAAGGGGCGGAUAAGAGGGAAGACCUUGUUCAAGGCACUGGCCAAACAUUUGAUUGGAUUAAUUUAUCAAUGUAGUCAUUAUCCCAGUGAAUAUGAAGUGCACAGCUUUGUUAAUGACUUCUUGAAGAACCACAAAUUGAUCCGAUGUGAAGCGGACUUCAGAGAAUUCAGGAUUGAGAACAUUUAAAAUAUACUUGUUGCCUUUUAUAAUGUUACAAAAUAUUAAAUCACUUUACCUAUAGGUUUGAGGAGAUGUUAAACCAUAAUAGGUUUUAAAUCUAUUUAUGAUAUUAUUAGGACCCAAGACAUCAUCAUUAGAAUAGUAUUUUUUCAGUUUUACUGAUAUUUGACUAUUGAAGGAAAAUAAAUCUCUUGCUUUUCUUUUA